AAGCACCGCAUAAAUUUCUCUUCGACCGAAACCGACGAUAUUCGUCAUUUUCCCGUCACUACGAACUAUUUGCUAUUUAUUUAAAAUUAUGCAACAACCUACGCAAUCUAAUCGCACAACUGACUUAAUAUCGGAAUACAUUUUCAGUUGUUUUUGAGCAAGCGGCGAAGUCAGUCGGUUCUACAUGUUGGGAGGGCAGUGAUCCGCCAAGUAACUGAAUACGUACUAAUAAAUAUAAUUGUUUACAUAGCCCCAGACUAAAAGCAAAAGCUGAUGAGUUCAACCGAAAUUCCACAAAUCGCACUGCCACUGGGUGUGAUCCAAGGAAAACACUGCCAGACCGUUUACGCGCAUGAUUACUACAGUUUUGAGGGUAUACCCUAUGCGAAGCCGCCCUUAGGAGAGUUGCGCUUCAAGGCGCCGCAGCCGAUCGAGCCUUGGAGCGGAGUCAAGGAUUGUACGCAAUGCGCUAGCAAGCCGUUGCAAAAGAAUUCGCGCACAGGCGGUGUGGAGGGCUCGGAGGAUUGCCUAUAUUUAAAUGUUUAUACAAAAGAGCUGCAAUCAGAACAACCUCUGCCGGUGUUGGUAUUUAUUUACGGCGGCGCAUUCUAUACAGGGGAAGCCACAACGAAUGUUUACAGUCCGGACUAUUUUAUGAGUGAGCAAGUGGUAUUGGUUACGUUCAAUUAUCGACUCUGUUCUUUGGGUUUUCUUAGUCUCGCCGAUCCAGCGCUACAAGUGCCGGGAAAUGCUGCGCUGAAAGACCAACUGCUUGCACUCAAAUGGGUGAAACAGUACAUUUGUCACUUCAAUGGUGAUCCCGAUAAUAUAACGCUUUUUGGUGAAAGUGCCGGCGCUGCCAGCGCUCAUGCGAUUACGCUUAGUGCACAGUCAAAAGAUCUCUUUCAACGCGUCAUACUUAUGUCGGGAAGUGCGCUAUGUUACUGGGUAAAUAUGCCACAAACUGAUAUGGCCUACAGAUUGGCGAAAUUUCACGGCUUUAAUGGGGACAAUAAUGAUGCAGAAGUUUUGAGCUUUCUGCAGCAAUUAGAGCCGGACAAAUUGGUGAAACAUUCUUUGCUCAACGAAGAGGAACGCAGAAAAUUAUACAUGUUUGCUUUUGGACCAGUUAUUGAACCGUAUGUCAGUGAGAAUUGUAUAUUGUCGCAACGGCCAUUUGAGCUGCUGAAAAAUACAUGGAGUAAUCGUAUACCGAUGAUUAUUGGUGCAAAUUCCUUCGAAGGACUCUAUAUGUAUCAGCGUCUCAAAAUGUUUCCGCAUAUAAUGCGUACACUUAUUAAUGAUCCAGAGCGUAUUUUGCCGGAGGAUGCUAAGGCUGCGCAUACACCGGAAGAGCUGCAAGCAAUGGGUGAAAAAUUAUUAAAAUUGUUUUUUGGCGCCAAAACGCCAAGUGAUCGUUCAGUAUUCAAAUUUCUGGAUAUUUAUGGCUACAAAAUAUUCUUACACGAUAUCCAUCGUACUGUUUUGGCACGCUCGGCAUAUGCUAGCCAACCCACGUAUGUUUAUCGUUUCGAUUUUGACUCGCCCGAUUUUAAUCUAUAUCGCGCUAAAUAUUGUGGCAAUGAUCCGGUGCGUGGUGUGUCUCAUGCUGAUGAUUUAUCAUACACAUUUUUCUCCAAUGACUCUUGGAAAGUUGGCUUGGAUUCGGCAGAAUAUAAGACUAUUCGAAGACUAAUUGCUAUUCUAACUGCUUUUGCCGCUAACUCUGAUCCUAAUUGCGAUGAAAUCAAACCAGUUUGUUGGACACCACUAAAAGACUCUGAACCGAAUAUGGCUUUGAAUAUUAGCUAUGAUUUGAAAAUGAUGGAGCUACCGGAGACUGUUAAAUUAAACGCACUAGAUGAGUUAUUCACUUACAGAGAGCAACUAUUUUUGGGUUAUCAUAUGCGGCUCCCUUUUCUUAAACUGCAAACGCGGGGCACCCAAAGAAUUCCGGUUACAAUUCUUCGAACAUACAUUCGGAAAAUGGCAAUUGACUCUGGCAUUUUAGAAACUGUGGAACUGCAGUUACCGCAAGGACGCAUACGCGGCGCCAAGCGCCAGGCAGUCUACGGUGAAACCUACUAUAGCUUUGAGGGUAUACCGUAUGCCAAGCCGCCGGUCGGCGAAUUACGUUUUCGUGCACCGCAACCAUUUGGAAAUUGGUCCGAUAUAUUAGACGCCACGCAGAGUCCACCCAAACCGGUACAAAAGAACCAGAAAACCGGCGAAAUAGAAGGCAGCGAAGAUUGCCUUUAUCUGAAUGUCUUCACCAAGCAUAUAGAUGCUACCAAGCAGAUGCCGGUCAUGGUUUGGUUAUAUGGUGGUGGCUUUCAGACCGGUCGUGCAGCGCGCGAGCAUCACGGACCCGAUUAUCUGAUGCGUGAAGAUGUUGUAUUUGUUUCAUUAAAUUAUCGUCUCUGUUCGCUGGGUUUCCUUAGCUUGAAUGACCGCAGUCUUGAUGUUCCUGGCAAUGCUGCUAUCAAGGAUCAACUGCUGGCGCUCAAGUGGAUAAAGAAAAACAUUUACUAUUUUAAUGGUAAUUGUAAUAAUAUUACCGUUUUUGGCGAGAGCGCCGGCGCCACAUGUGCACACAUUUUGUCCUUGAGUGAUCAGGCGCGUGGCCUAUUUCAACAAGCGGUCAUAAUGUCCGGUUCAGCACUGAGCUACUGGGCUAACAUGCCACAAAAUAUGGGCUAUCGACUAGCUGCGUAUCAUGGUUAUAAAGGCGAGGCCAAAGACAAGCCAGUAUUGGAGUUUUUGCAAAAUUUGGAUGCAGGCAAAUUGGUCGAUCAUUCGCUGCUUAGCGAGGAGGAAAAUCGAUCGUUCCACUGGCUAACAUUUACACCGACAGUUGAACCCUAUGAGUCAGAACAUUGCGUAUUGCCAACCGAGCCAAUUAAUCUGCUGAAGUCGGCUUGGGGAAAUGGCAUACCAUUCCUCAUGGGGGGCACAUCAUUUGAAGGUUUAAUAAUGUAUCAGCAUGUGAAAAAGUUUCCAAAAAUUGUAGAUCUAGUGAAAAAAGAGCCGGAAUUAUUGGUAUUAGCAGAGUUAAAAGAUAUUUACGAGAGCAGUCGGAUUCAAGAAUUGAGCACACGCAUUCUAAAUCUCUACUUUGGUAAGGAAAAAGACGAAGUAGUUUCCAAACAGGAUAAACCAGAUCCCACCUUUGAUUUUUUACAUCUUUGUUCGCAUAAAAUGUUCUGGCACGGUGUGCAUCGCAUCGCGCUUGCGCGUACGAAGUAUGCUACAGCCAAUACUUACCUCUACCGAUUCGACUUCGAUUCGCCUACAUUUAAUCAUCAUCGCUUACGUUUCUGCGGCGAUGAAUGUGUGAAGGGCGCUGCGCAUGGCGAUGAUCUCUCCUAUCUAUUCUAUUUGAAGGAAUCCAAAAAACUGGAGGAGAAUACGCCUGAAUAUGCCACCAUACAACGCAUGAUCGGCAUAUGGACCAGCUUCGCUAAAUGGGGAAAUCCGAAUUGUCCCGAGAUUGCGCCAAAUGUAUGGCUACCAAUUGAAAAAACAAAUCCUGACUUUGGUCUGAAUAUUAGUCAGACGCUGCAAGUUAUCCAAAUACCCGAAGCGCCGAAAAUGAAAGCUUGGGAUUCUUUAUAUGACAAACCUUUGCUUUAUGGGUCUGCCUCCGAUACUGAGGCAGGGUCUGGAAAAGGUACCACAGUACUUACUUAGACGAAGUAUGAACGGCUGUGGAUACUGACAAAUUUCAAUAGUUAAUAAGUGAUUUUUUACUGUAACGAAAAAAUGUAUUUAGAAAAAGAUUUUGCUAAAAUUAUAAACAAAAAUAUAGCAAAUCAUUGUAACAUAUUGCUCAUAUUUAAACCUUAA